AAAAAAAGAAAAAAAAUCAGCAACAGCGACAAAUCAGCACACACGGCAAGCAAAGCACCCACGGGAGCUGGCUGUUAGCUGACUGAGCUCGAGCUUCCCUUCGCUUGGCUUGGAGGUCGGCACCUUCCCUCCUGUACGGACGCAUGUCUCAGGCGCGGUUGCGCUCAAACACGGCGGGCAAUCACCUGGAAGGACACAACAUCAAAGGGCCCAUCAGUGGCAUGCAUCUUCGGCCCUUCUGAAUUUUCGAGCGUCUCCUGGCGCCAACUUCAACACCAAACCUCGUCGCGAUCAUCCUUCCGGCCAAAACACCACUUUUCCAUCCGCCAACCCCGCUUCAUCCACUUCCACCAGUUCCACGCAAAUCCCGCGCCGUUGCCCCGUCAAUAUCAACAUCCAGCAUCGUCACGGCCACCGAUUUUAUUCUCGACACUACGUCCAUCCGCCCAUCCCGCGCACAACCAACCCACCCCGUUCAAUCCCUUCAAACAAACAAACACACACAAUGGCUGGCGGAAAGGGCAAGUCGUCUGGCGGCAAGAGCUCGGGUGGAAAGACCUCGGGCGUCGAAGGUCCCAAGAAGCAGCAGAGCCAUUCUGCUCGCGCUGGUCUUCAGUUCCCUUGCGGUCGUGUCAAGCGUUUCCUGAAGCAGAACACCCAAAACAAGAUGCGUGUUGGCGCCAAGGCUGCUGUCUAUGUUACUGCCGUGCUGGAAUAUUUGACUGCUGAAGUCCUCGAACUUGCGGGUAACGCUGCCAAGGACCUGAAGGUCAAGCGUAUCACUCCCCGCCAUCUUCAGCUUGCCAUCCGUGGAGAUGAGGAGCUUGAUACCCUCAUCCGCGCCACUAUCGCCUUCGGUGGUGUCCUCCCCCACAUUAACCGCGCCCUUCUGCUCAAGGUAGAGCAGAAGAAGAAGGCCAAGGCUCAGGAGGCUUAAGUCCACAACUGCACCGAAAAACUUGACGUCGCACACGUUUCGCACACUGUCUUGCAUCUCUUUAGCCCCGCUCCGGGCUGACGGGCAGGACAGCAAUCGGCUUAUUCAAGGGAUGUCACGGGGUGAUGCCGGGGGGGUUGGGGAUUGUCUUCGCUAAUCCAUCCCUAACGCCGCUGUAUUGUUGGGUAUUUUCUUCCUAUUAUUUGUUGUUGGGCACGCACACGGGCUUGGGGCCCACCGAACCAUGGCUUGAAAAAGCCGAGCACUCCCGGUGUCUGCGACGGCAACAAGCGCAGCGCAUAGACGACGGCGAACUUCCCUUGCGACACUUCCAGCAGGGUGGUGCGUUCGAAACACACACGAAAAGCGAAGCGUUCUGUAUCAUUCAGCCGUGAUAGACGCUUGGGAAGCGAUGAGCAGGGAGACCGUUCACUGCAUGACGUCGUCUUGGAGUGCACCAUACACUGGGAAUGGCGAGCAAUCUCCCCUCGUCACGGCGCGGCGUGCGACAGCAGCUCUUUUACGAUAUCUGUAACAACAUGAAUCUUCUUUAUCGUUUCUUUUAUAGUACGACUCGGCCAUGAGGGCUUAGCGAGGAAAACAUCAGGACACGUUAAAUGCACGUGUCGGUUGGUACUGGCUGCAGGUAGUGGCGGAAUAAAGGCCACAAGAAAGAGCCUUGAAAAUUUGCGAUACCAAUUCUUAUUAUGUUCUCUCUACAGUCUGGGAUGCGCAACUCUAUUCAUGGUGACUACAAUGUGUUCAGUCUCACCAUCUGCUGUUUCGGACAACACUGAUGCCCACUGCCGAUUACUACAUGAGAAGACGCAGCAAGAUUCUAUGCCCUACUGAUCCAUGACCAUGGAAUCUUCGUACAUAUAAAAAGACGAUAUGUGUCAGUCAGAGCUUUGAUCCUCUACCUUUCAAGGU